AUGAGCAGUGGCGUCGCAGCGGCUCAGCAGGCCGGCGACUUCGUCAUCGCACCCGAGAGCACAGGCUCCAAACUGAGCACUGCAGACUGGCCCUUGCUACUCAAGAAUUAUGACAAGUUGCUCGUCAGAUCAUCCCACUUCACCCCCAUUCCCCACGGAUGCUCGCCAUUGAAGCGCGAUCUGAGCAGCUACAUCAAAUCAGGCGUCAUCAACCUCGACAAGCCUUCCAAUCCAUCAUCCCACGAAGUCGUAGCAUGGAUCCGUCGCAUGCUCAGGGUGGAAAAGACGGGUCACAGCGGUACACUGGAUCCAAAAGUUACGGGCUGUCUGAUCGUGUGCAUAGAUCGAGCUACCAGGCUGGUCAAGUCGCAACAAUCCGCAGGUAAAGAGUAUGUCGCUGUGCUCAGGCUGCACGACAAGCUGCAAGACGUCAAGAAGCUGCCCAGAGCCCUCGACACUCUUACCGGCGCCCUCUUUCAACGUCCGCCUCUCAUCAGCGCUGUCAAGCGCCAGCUGCGUAUCAGAACCAUCUACGAGACGAAGCUGCUGGAAUUCGAUAAUGACAGGCAUCUCGCAGUCUUCUGGGUCUCUUGCGAAGCGGGAACUUACAUCAGAACGCUCUGCGUACAUCUUGGCUUGCUUCUUGGUGUCGGCGGUCACAUGCAGGAAUUGCGGCGUGUGAGGAGCGGUGCGCUGAGCGAAAACGACAACAUUGUCACCAUGCACGACUUGUUGGAUGCUCAGUGGCUGUACGACAAUCAGCGCGAUGAGUCGUAUUUGAGAAGAGUGAUUCGGCCGUUGGAAUCAUUGUUGGUAGGAUACAAGCGCAUCGUGGUGAAAGACAGCGCAGUCAACGCAGUAUGCUACGGUGCCAAGCUGAUGAUUCCCGGUUUGUUGCGGUACGAGUCGGCGAUCGAAGUGGCGGAAGAGGUUGUGCUCAUGACCACAAAAGGAGAAGCUAUUGCCAUUGCUAUCGCUCAAAUGUCCACAGCGGAUCUCGCAACGGUGGAUCACGGAAUCGUAGCCAAAGUCAAGAGGUGCAUCAUGGAGCGCGACACAUAUCCGAGGAGAUGGGGAUUGGGUCCUAAGGCGCAGGAAAAGAAAAAGAUGAUCAAAGGGGGUCAAUUGGACAAGUACGGAAAGGAAAAUGAAAAGACUCCCGCGACGUGGAAGGCGGCAUACGUGGACUACGCUGCCAAUGGUGGAGAGAAUGUCGCGAACCCUGCUGCGUCUGGUGCGGCCGCUGCUGCUGCUGGGGCAGCUGCAGGUGCUAAGCAGGAUGACGAGGCCGUUGGUGAUGUGACGAUGGAGAGCAGUGCAGGAGCGGAUGCUGGAGAGACGGAGGAGGAGCGCAAAAGGAGGAAGAAGGAAAAGAAGGAGAGGAAAGCGGCUGAGGCUGCUGCUGCUGCAGCCGCAGGUGGAGCAGAGGUGAGUAUCGACUAA